AAUUCACAUCGAAUUUCAUGUUUCAUCUGUGUCAUUGUUCUGAAUGAGUUCGGAGUGAAUUGUAAAGAAUGUUGAAGAUUAUAUUCUAUCAGUGUUGUAUUGUCUUCGUGGUUAUACGUGGCUCGGAAAUAACACAGUUAAAUACGCCUCGCGUGGACUUUUCACAUUCGAUUUAUUGGGAUGAUGAUACACAAAGUUUAUAUUUUGUAAACUUUUUUACAUCAGACAAUCAAUCGUCUAUAUAUCGCUACAGUACUCCAGAUGAAAUUUUGUAUUCGGCAUACAUUGAAGGAGUGACAUCACCAGCAUUUAUCAUCCCCACUAACAAAAUGUGUAAAAAAUGUAACAAAUGCAACAAACAAUUCUUUGCCGUUGGAGUCGGCAGCGAUGUAAUAAUUAUCAAGUGGAACGGACGAUCAACGAAGGCCAAAGUUAUUAAAACCCUGUUUACUGUUGAUGACACAUCUAUGCGGUUUGAUAUAGGAGUUGCAGAUAGCAAAGGACGCUUCUAUGGAGGAACCCUUUCUCCCAAAUUUUGUAAUUCCAAUCCGUCUCGUUCAUUUUAUAGAUUCAUCAAAAACAAAGGCGUCGAUCGUCUUUUUGGUAAUUUACAGUCAACAUCAGGAAUUGUCUUUAAUGAACAUCUAAAUAAAAUCUAUCACUUGGAUUCAUGCCAAUUAACUAUCAGUGGGUUUGACUGGGACCCGAAAACAGGAGACAUAUGCAACGGCCGUGUGGUAUUUAAAUUUCCAUUAAAUGGAAGGCCAAUGAGUACUUAUUUCCCUCUUGGAUUGGCAAUAAACUCAAACGGUAUGCUAUUUCUGGCUGAGCACUACACGAGUGAAGUUUGGGAAAUCAAUCCAUGGACAGGCGAUGUGAUUGAUAUCAUCAAAUUACCUGUUUCUGGUGCCGUUGGUCUUACAUUUGGCGGUCCUCAACAUAAUAUUUUGUAUGUUAUUGUUAUGCAAAAAAUAAUUGACGUUCUAGGGAAUGUUGUUGGAGAAAGAACAAACGGAACAUCAAUUUAUGCAAUAACUGGAUUAGGCGAAUCAAAUACACACACUGCACGCUUAGAUAUUGACUAAAUGGAAAUCUUCCAUUUAUAAAAACGAAAUAUUAAUUAUUUGUUUUUGUAAUUCAUCAGAGUUGAAAAUAUCUUUUUAUAUUUCUUUGUUUUGUUGAUGCAGACAUUGAAUUGCUUGAAAAACUUUGCUUUAAAUAAAUCAUUGGAUUGUAAUUUUUGAGAUUUAAUAAAAUAAAUAAUUUAAAGGCAA